AUGCAGGCAUUGUUAUUGCAGAAAACUCAGUUAGAGAAUGAACUUGAACAGCUGAUGGAAUACUUGACAAAGGGAGAAGGCAGUCUCUUUGGUCUACGAGGUAGUUUUGUUGAUUCAGAAGGCUUCCCUUCUCCACAACUUGAUGUCAUUAUAGAGGUCAAGAAGUCCAGAGCAAGAGUAGCCUGUAUACAGAACGAUUACAAAGCACUGAUGGCUCGUAUUGAGAGCGACUUUUACAAGCUACAUGCAUCAUAUAAAGCAUCUCCAUCUGCAUCGACAUCAACUCCAACGACAACACCAUCUACAUCAGCUCCCACAACCAAGGCAUCACCGCCAUCACAGCCACAGACACAGACGACACAGACACAGACACAGCCACAGUCACCACCAGCCAAGAAGGCUGAGGAUGAUGUAGUUGGCGUGCCCUUUGUAUAUAUUGAUAUGGUGUCAUCUGGAUCACCAGCAGAUCGUAGUGGACUACAAAAGAAUGAUAAGAUAUAUCAAUUCGGUUCGAUUGGCCCCUUGGCGCAACUAGAUCCCUCAGUACAGUAUCUACAGACAAUGGCAACUAUCGUUAGGAACAGUGAGAACUCUCCAAUCACACUCAAGUACACAAGAGAUGGCGAGAAGAAGACUACCACCCUCACACCAAAGAAAUGGACUGGACAAGGAUUGAUUGGAUGUCUCAUGAAGCCUAUGACAUUG